AUGACAGAGACUCAUUCAUAUAUUUUGAAUUUUGUGGAUAUAGUACAGAGGGAUGACGACGGAUGUGUUGAUAACUGUCCUACAUUAUCUGAAUGUGUAUGCAGUAAAAAGAAUGAAGAAUGUGUUCAAGUAGCUCAGACAUGUGAGAAAUGUGCUUACAACAAAUGUGUUGCAAAGGUAUCUUCCCACAAAACAAACACUGGAGCCAUAGUUGGUGGUGCUAUCGGUGGAGCAGUUUUCAUUGCUUUACUUGCUGCUUUGUAUUAUUACUUUCGCGUGUAUAAAAAGCGGCCACCCGUUUUAUUGGAUGAUGAAUAUGACUACAGUUAUCAGGAUGAGGAUACUGAUGGAUUUGUUUCAGAUAAGGGAGGAGGUUAUGCUUUGCAGAGUAUGAUAAGUAAAGGGGCAAAUAAUUCGCAGUCCAAUAUUCUGGACCAAUUAAGUCCUACAGAGUCACACUUUUCAGGGAUUGGUAAACGUGAAGGAAACUUGCCCAAUAAUGGCCCUUUUCCUUCUCAUACCCAACUUGAUAAGGAUGCCACAUCUGGAGGGCAGAAUGGUGCAGUUGCUGGCUCAGCGGCACUAGAACGACCACCCGCGCGUAGAGUCCUAUCUGGUGAAGCAAGGGCGAAAGCGAAAAGAAGAAUAUCGUCGUACGAAUCGUUUACUCGUCCAAAUGCUCUUAAGCUGAAGUCAAAACAACAACAGCAGUUGGCUGCGCAACAGAGGCGAGAAAGGCAGCAAAAGAUUAUCAGACAAGCCAAUUUGCAACAACAGCAGAAUUUACAACUUCAACACCCACAAGGAGCAGAUGGAGUCAACCAAAUUUAUCUGAAUCAUUCACACAGGAGCUCUGUUGCUACUUCUAUAUCCAAUGCGUCAAAUAUAUUGCCGAUUGCUUACAUUCCUGGGGUUACCGUCAGACCAACAAAGAAUAACACGAGAUCAUUAUAUUCUUAUGAUUCGGAGUCAUUGUUUUCUGAUUUAAAUACAAUUGAGAACGCUAGUAUUGUUGGAGAAAGCAUUGGUAAUCAUGGACAAGCAGCAAGUGCAGCUCCUAAUGGAGCUAAUGGCAAUGGGGUUUCUGUAAAUACAUCCCCAGCAACCAUGACUGCAAUCAAAGCACAACCUAAAUUGGUCAAUGUGGACAAAAUUGAAGAGGAAGAAGAAGAAGAAGAUUUCAAUGAGGAGGAUGAGGACUCAUUUGAUAUUAUUCCUCAUCAUGGAUUUGAUACAAAGACUUCUCGAGAUGAUACUGAUGAUAGUGAUGUUGAUUCCGACAUUGGCCAGAUUACUAGAGCCACAUCGGUGAAAAGAUUGAAUAAAAAGAGCUUGAGUCAUUCAGAUGUUGAAGGUACAACAAUGAGAAGUUCAGACCAUAGUAGUCUACCUCAUAAUCGAGAAAUUUUAAUGAACAGUGAAUCGUCACUGAAUAUAUCCCGUAUUCCUGCUGAUGUGAUCCAUUAUAAUGAUAUUGAUUCGAAUCGAGAUGCUGCAUCUACAGUGGGUUCAUUUCUAUUUGAUAUCGGAUUUGAAGACAAUUCCAUAUCAUCCCCGUCAAAUAUUGCUUUCGAUGAGUCCAAUCGUAAAGGUAGUCCAUUUGCUGAUAGUGGUGUAUAG